AACACACUCCACUAAUCUUUCAACAAAUGAUGGUACUCGUGGAUCCAGUCUGACGUUGAUCUGACCAAUCCCUGCUCCUACACAUCAGCACGUCACAAAAGUCUCUAGUGCUGCACGCGGGAAUCCUCUCAGACAGGUGACAUGUUGAGCUCCAAGCUGCUGACCCUGGUGCUGGUGGUCCAGCCGGGCAGAGUGCUGCUCGGCAUGAAGAAGAGAGGGUUUGGGGCUGGGAAGUGGAAUGGGUUUGGGGGCAAAGUUCAACCUGGAGAAACUAUUGAAGAUGGUGCAAGGAGAGAACUGCUAGAAGAAAGUGGCCUAACAGUGGAUGUUCUCGAGAAGGUCGGAAACAUCAAAUUUGAAUUUGUUGGAGAUACGCAGCUGCUAGACGUCCAUGUUUUCAGAGCCGACACCUAUAACGGAGAACCAACAGAGUCAGAAGAAAUGCGGCCCCAGUGGUUCGAAUGUGACCAAAUUCCUUUCAGUCAAAUGUGGGCCGAUGACAUCCUGUGGUUCCCCCUAAUGCUCCAGGAGAAGAAAUUUGUCGGCUACUUUAAGUUCCUCGGUCACGAUGUGAUCCUCAGCCACAAACUGGAAGAGGUUGAGGAACUGUGAGACGACCUGCGUUUCUGAGGUCAUUUAUGGCCGCGACAAAAAAAAAAAAAGCAUCAGCCUUCCAAAGUUGUUCUUCAAAUGCUGAAGAUAUCCCAGGGUUCAGUGUUGGUGGUUCAGUUUACCUUGUGGGAGGAAACGAACCAACUCUGAGGACUAAAUCCCAGUUAACUGUACAUGGAGAAUGUUUACAUGUAAAAUUACAUAUUGAG